AGCACUCGUUGAGGAAGUGAGAUGAAGAAAUACAAAAACAAAAACAAGUAGGCGAAAUUGUUACUUCAAAAGUUAGUUUGUGUGUUGCGGUGUGUUGGCGGCGAGUCUUGGCACGUUAGGAUAGAUGCCACUGGUUUUAAAAUAGUCCAACAAGAGAAAAUGAACUCCCGCAAUGCAAAACAACCUGCUGGGAAAGCUGCAGUGAAAGCAUCAAGCAAGUCCUCCGGUAAACCAGGCCUAGGAUUUGGUGCCCCCCAACAGAAAAAAACAUCAACCUCCAUCCACCCUAAGGGCAAGCAAGUCAAGUCAAAUCCAUCAGCACAAUCAAAAAGCACUGAGCCGAGCCUGGAGGACCGGGCCGCCUUGACCAUCCAGUGCUUCGUGAGGCAACUGCUGGCCAAAAGAACGAGGGAGCAGAAAAGAAAAGAGAAGAAGGAAUAUGAGGACCUCAUGGACCGCUUAGAGAAGGAGGCCUUUGUUGCCCUGGUGCGGCGGGAGCAGGAGGAGGCGGAGCGGGAGAGGAUGAAGGAGGAGGAGGAAAGGAGAAAGAAGAAGGAGGAGCAGCGGUUGCGCAAACGGCUUCUAGAGGCAGCCUUCGAUGGCGAGGAAGAGGAGAUACUGGCUGUCCUCAGAGAGGUUACAGAGCGGGACACGAAGCAAGGCGUGGGAUUUGAUGAAGCUGGGAAACGCCUACGGGCCCUCAGCCAGCUGCGGAUGAUCAACUGCACCGAUGCUAACGGCAACACGCCGCUCUCUGAGGCGGCAGGCGGGGGGAACCCUGAGGUUAUCACCAUGCUGCUGGAGAGAGGGGCUGAUGUGAACACGCAGGGAGCCUUUGGAAGGACUCCCAUUUAUAGAGCAGCUUUUGGGGGUCACCUGCGUGCAGUGCAGACCCUCUUACAGUUUGGAGCAGAUCCACGCACUCAUGCUGACGAUGGCAGCACUCCAGAACAGGUGGCUUCGGGAGAGGCAAUAAUACAGACUCUGCAGAGCUGGGACGUAAACGUGACCGAUUCCAUGCUGAAGAAGAUGGAGGCCGAGCGUGAGAGGAGAGUGGGAGAGGAGCGGAAACUGAAGGAGGAAGAGACUGAGCGGAACUUUGGCACAAACCAACAAAGGCCUGUGUUUUCCCUCAGCCUGAGAGGGGAAGUGGAGCGGUUGCAGAAGGAGCACGAACGCAGCCAGAAAGAGCUGAAGAAAGCCUAUACUGAGUUGAACAAAAGGAUUACGGAACAUGACAAGUGUGAAAGGAAGGGGAUGGAGCAGGCUAAAGUCACCCUGCAGGUGGUCCAUGAUGCAGAAGAGGUCUUGGCAAAGGCCCAGCUUUCAGCACAACAGGCCGCAGACCAGUUGUCCCAGGCCAAACUCACCCUGAGGGAGCAAUCUGGAGGAGAUGCUGUUAUUGACUGUGGAGGGGUUCGUUGCCUGCUCAAAGACUUAGAUGAUGUCCUGAUAAAAGACGUUGGGGGAAAGGUCAAACAGGAUGGGCGAUGGCCGCUGAUUGUGGAUCCAUCAGGUCAGGCAGCUACCUUCCUGCGGUACAGAGACACUAAUUACCUGGAUGCCAUGCAUCCUGAGAACAUGAAGCCAGACACUCUUAGACUGGCUCUGCUGGGGGCUAUCCGAUAUGGAAAGGCCCUGGUUAUCAAUAUGAUGGAUGUGGAUCUCUUGGAGACUGUGGAGAACCAGCUGAAUCAGGUGUCUCCAGGUCUGAGUUCCCAGCUGAUGAGCAAAAAGCUCUUGCAAGAGGAAAGGUACCUGAAUCUGGUGCGGUCCACAGAUGGACCCCAGUACUCCCGCACAGAGUUCAGGCCAGACCGACUGGAGGCGUUUAGCCUGGUGAUGGUGACUAAACAGCGCCACCCCUCGGAUGCUCUGCUUACUACAUUUUACCCCAUUGAGAUCGCUUUACCAGAAAAGAAAACAUAAUCAGUGUACUGUUGUUUGAUUGAAACUGAAAGCCAUCAAUAUUUUUAUGAAAGAGAUUGCAUUAAACCAUUGUCUCCAAAAAAAA